AUGACUAACGUUUACUUAUUUGUGCCAAAUAUUAUUGACUACUUACGGAUAGUGUUCGCCUUCAUCUCCUUCUACUACAUGCCCUUUGACCCAACAAAAGCUACACUGUUUUACCUUCUGAGUGGCUUCCUGGAUGCGUUCGAUGGCCAUUUGGCCAGGAUGCUCAACCAGUGCAGCAGACUGGGAGCCAUGCUGGACAUGCUGACCGAUCGGAUCACCACCAUGUGUCUGUGCGCUGCUCUCUGCCAGCUCUACCCAACCUACAUGCUGUUCUUCCAGUUUGCCAUGGCCCUGGAUAUAUUCAGUCACUGGAUGCAUUGUCAGAGUUCUAUCGAGAGAGGAAGCACCAGCCACAAGAAAAUUGACCUGUCGGCCAACCCAUUUCUGAGAUAUUAUUAUCAUAACAAGGUUAUCUUAUUUGUGAUGUGUGCGGCUAACGAACUGUUCUUCUGUAUGUUGUACUUGACCUACUUCACCGGCGGACCCACUAUUCCGCUGUUGGGCUUUGGUCUGUGGACACUUUUAUGCGUGGUCUGCGCCCCUCUCUCCAUUCUGAAAAUGGUUAUCAGCGCGAUUCAGCUGGGAGCUGCCUGUGAGAACUACGCCAUCAUGGAUCGGGAGGACCUGGCCCGGGCGUCUUCUUCGCAGAAAAAACUCGGAUAA